AUGAAACCUAACUUGAAGCAAUGGAAACAACUCAUGCUUUUUGGGAUCUUUGCAUGGGGUCUGCUUUUUCUGGUGAUAUUCAUCUAUUUUACCGAUAGAUUUCCCAGUUCCUUUUCUUACAUUGAAACUAAGAGGCUUCUGCCCCUUCAGGGCAAGCAGAGAGUUAUCAUGGGAGCCAUACACGAUCCAUCAUUCUCUGAAACUAUUGAUGGGAACGAGGUACUUCUUAAUGAAGAUCUCUUAGGUACAUUUAAGUCGGGGACUGGAAGUAUUAAGAAGUGGACUGAUUUGGAAGAUGCUUUUAGAAGUGAAGACGAGUUUUUUCCAUCACAGAUAAGAAGAAAAUCAAAAAGUGCUUUCUACCAAGUGAAUGAUUAUUUAUUUGCUGCUGGUCAGCCUCGGUCACACAACCACCUUCAAGAGAUAGCAAAAUUCAUCUCAGCCGAUGAGGAUAAUCCAAAAGUAAAUAUUUUGCAGAACAACUGGAGCCAUCAGAGAAGAAUGAGGAGAAGGAGCACAAAGCACAGGAGAAGCCAGAUGCUUGAUGAAUCUGAUGACUGGGAUGGGCUAUAUUCAACAAUGUCAAAAUCCUUUCUUUACAAGCUUUGGAAAGGGGAUGUCUCUUCCAAGAUGCUGAACCCUCGACUGCAGAAGGCGAUGAAAGAUUAUUUGAGCACCAAUAAGCAUGGGGUGCGGUUCAAGGGGAAACGAAACUCCAAGUUGACAGGAGACCAGCUAUUCUGCGAGCUAAAAGAAAGGGUGAAUGUGAAAACAAUAGAUGGCAAGGAGGCUCCCUUCUCCACUCUUGGAUGGGAAAAGCACGUUCCCCAAAUUCCACUGGGCAAAUUGUAUACACAUGGCUUUGGGAGCUGUGCAGUAGUUAUGUCUGCUGGUGCAAUACUGAACUCCUCUCUAGGGGAUGAAAUAGAUUCUCAUGAUGCUGUUCUAAGGUUUAAUUCUGCUCCAACGCGUGGCUAUGAAAAAGAUGUUGGAAAUAAAACAACCAUGCGGAUCAUUAACUCUCAGAUUCUCACCAACCCGAACCAUCACUUUGUUGACAGCUCCUUGUACAAAGAUGUUAUCUUAGUAGCCUGGGAUCCUGCCCCUUACUCGGCAAAUCUGAACGUGUGGUAUAAGAAGCCGGACUACAACCUGUUCACUCCCUACGUACAGCAUCGCAGGAAGAAUCCAAACCAGCCGUUUUACAUUCUCCAUCCAAAGUUUAUAUGGCAGCUCUGGGAUAUCAUUCAGGAGAACACUAAAGAGAAGAUACAGCCCAACCCUCCUUCUUCAGGUUUUAUUG